AUGGGGCGCGUAUCUAUACCAGUCCUGUUAGCGGCCUUCCUCGGGUAUGUCUUUGCUGGUAUCCACCAUCCUGCGCAUGGCCAUCAUCAUCACCAUCGCCGCUUGAUGCCGGCUAUCGAAGACUUCGAGCUGCAGAAUCUGCCCUGGGAUAAUGUGAAUAACACUCCAGACGAUUUCGUGGUGGAAUCCAUAACGCUCACAACAACGACAACCGUUUUUGGAAACUGCGCGCCAACCAAUCCCGUUCACUCCACCCUUACGCUUGUUGAGCAUAAGUCUGAGCCUACGCCAUGUUGGCAUAAUCAUAAUGUGUACAACCUCGCGCACCCCGAGCCAUAUGAGAACCAUUGGCAUCAACAUGGACCGCAGCCGGAGCCUAUCCUCCCUGCGCCGACAAAUAUAAGGCCCGCUCAGCCUCAAUUAACUCAACCCAAGCCCGCAGUCUCAGAGCCAGAGGUGACCACUACCAUCUUGAAGACACAAACAAUCACCAAAACCGCCACAAAUACCGUAAGGGUCACCGUCUACCCAGAUGUCAACCCUGUGCCACUUGCCAACACAACCCCGGAAAAUCCCUCAAAGGAAGAAAAAGCCGCGGCCCUUGCAGCCACGCUGCCAAAGGGCUCUUUAGAAGAAGAGAAAGCUGUCCCAGUUAAACGCCCCCCACCACCUCCCAAGAACAACGGCGGACCAAUUGAUGCCGUCCUCAAUCUGCCAAACGAAGUCCUCCCUGAUCUCCCAGUAGUCAACGAGAUCCUCCCAGGCCCAAAGCCACAGAAGCCCAAGCCAGUGGACUGGACCACAACACCGCCGGACGGGCAAUUCUCAACAAGAGGAUUUGGGGGACGUACUCCGCCAAAAGGAAAAGGCACGGAGAUCCACUACCAGGGCAAUGUCGGAAAGCCUUGGGGAAGCAAUAUCAUCAACGUCAGUCCAGCCGAGGCACACGCUUACAAAUACGUGGCGCAGUUUACAGGUUCGAAUGAUGUACCGUGGACGGUGGUUGUGUGGAACAAGAUCGGGCCUGACGGUAAACUGACUGGGUGGUAUGGCCACUCUGCUCUCACAUUCACUCUUGCACCCGGUGAGACUCGCUAUGUUGCUUUUGAUGAGGACUCUCAGGGUGCAUGGGGUGCUGCACCUGGUGAUCACCUGCCUACGGAUCAAUGGGGCGGAUACUCGUGUACCUGGGGCGAGUUUGGGUUUGGGGAUGGCGAGAAUAAUGGCUGGUCGGGAUGGGAUGUUUCGGCUAUCCAGGCGCAGAUUGCGAAUCAUCCUGUGCAGGGGAUGUCGAUCUGUCAGGCUAAUGGGAAGGGAUGCUCCAUAAUCACACCAGGUGCUAAGAAGGUUGUUGAUGCUUAUGUCAAGUCGAAAAAGCACCUGGAUGGUAUUGGUGGUUCGGCGUCCCCUGGUCCUGUGCGGCUGAAAGUGGUGCUUGAUUACCGGGGUUGA